GGUUACUGCUUUUGUCUUUUUGUCACUUCGUUAAAAAUGUACAUCUAAGGCGAAUUUGUCUCACUCCAUUUCCCUUGCAUUUCUCAUGGUUAUGUUCAAAAUGACCCAUUCGCCAUCGUCCGUGCCAGGGAAGUCCACAAAGAGUUAAAAGUUCACGCACGGGAUGCUGGGACAUCUGAGGAAUCACAGAAUAAAGAACAAAGUGUAAAAAGCCAGGGGAUACAGUACACACUCUCUGAAAAGCACCUAAAGGUCAGCUGGAAGUAACAGCGAAGAGCAAUGGAUUCUUUUGAAUAUGAAAAAUUCUCACCUGCAAAUCUGGAGACCAUUCACAAAGGACGAGGUCUGACCAUAAGGGGAGUCUCGAGAAGAAAACUGAUAACAGUAGGUGUGAUGUACGGGAUUCUUUUGCUUCUAGUACUGAUUCUGCUGCUCCUGACUGAAGUCAAGUUCUCACAGCUGAGCGGACAGAUGAAGGAUAUGAAACGCCUUCUUGAUUCCAAUAAAUCACCUCUGAGUUCUGAGGCCUUGUCCCUCAAAGGUGCUGAGGAAAAAGUGCUUACCAAUGAUAAAUGGAUCAGACACAAGGGCAGCUCCUACCUGCUGACAACAUUCAAGUUAACCUGGCACAACUCAGAGAUGUUCUGCCUCCGUGAAGGGGGACACCUGCUCACCAUCAACACUGCUGAAGAACAGAAAUACAUAAAUUCUGUCCAGCGACCAGAUAACUACUGGAUUGGCCUGAUAGAGAGAGAAAAUGAGGGGGAGUGGAGUUGGGUGGACGGAACCGACUUCUCAUCAACUCCACAUUUUUGGGCGGAGAACCAGCCAGAUGAAUGGCGUUUAGCAGCAGACGGGGAAGACUGUGGGGAGAUUAUACCACGGGGCCUCUGGAAUGACGCACAGUGCAGCCUGCAUCAUAACUUCAUCUGUGAGAAGGAGGAGGUAUAGGAAGAUCCUUCAUGGUACUUUGGUAAAAUAGAAAAAAUGGUAUUUUGAUAUCCUAAAGCACAUUUAAAAUAUACGUAAGCUUGACUGAGAUAAAAUUUAAAGAGGGAGAUGUAGCUGAAAGCUGCUUGUGCAAGAAGCACAUCUGAGUAAAGUAUGUAAUGUCAGUUGCUUAUGUAAAAUGCAGAGUAAAUAGGCAAAGUCAAGGGUGCUAUAUAAAAGCAUCAUGUAAGAAACUAAAAUAUGUAACACAGAAA